UGUGGUGGUACCUGCUGGCGACUGAACUUAGCUGGAGCCUCCUCACCUACCAGACACUUCUGUGCAGCAACAACAAAAUGAACGAGUCACCACAUCGUGUCCUGCCGGUGCCCGCUCGACGAGCCGACGCGUUCUGAGGCCCGACAUGGAGAGGGCGUCCAUGUAGUUUGAGGGUUUCUCGCUGUUCCGGCGUCUUGCUGAGUCCAUUUUGCGUGUGAGACUGGGAAGUGGAAAAGACAAAGAGAAAAGAGCUCUUUCCAGCAGCUAGAAUGGUUUGGGCCUAAAGAGAAGACAAGAGCAACAUGAACCGUGAGGACCGGAAUGUGCUCCGAAUGAAAGAAAGAGAAAGGAGAAAUCAAGAAAUCCAGCAGGGAGGAGGAGAGGCUUUUCCAGCAAAUUCCCCUCUCUUCCCCGAACCCUACAAAGUGUCCAGCAAGGAAGAUAAACUGUCCAGCCGUAUUCAGAGCAUGCUGGGCAAUUACGACGAGAUGAAAGAACCGAUUGGUGACACACUUCCAAAGCUUAGCAGUAAACCUUCAAACAGCUCAUCUUCCUCCGAGGAGAAGUCAGGCCCACCUUUGUUUGGGGACCAGCGUGGCGUCGGCAGCGGUGGCAGCAGCCAGACCAAUAAGUGGACUCCUGUUGGUUCAGCAGGUGGAUCUUCAUCCCAGUCCCAGAAACGCUCAGGACUCCAGGGUGGGCACGGCAGCCAGAGAAACAACGGAGGCAGUAGCAGCAGCAGUAGCCAAAGACACGGAGGAGAGGUGCGUGAAAAGAAAUCCAGUAAACACAGCGGAGGAUCCGAGCACUCAAAGUCACACACGUCAAGUCCCGCCAAGGGCUCUUUGAGCUCCUCCAGCAGCAACAGCCACUCGCGGAGCAACUUGUCCGCCGAGCAGCACCACAGCAAGGAGCGCUACCGCUCUAAGUCCCCGCGAGACAGAGAGGCCAACUGGGACUCACCCUCACGGGUUCACACCUCCUUCACUAGUGGACAGCACUCGAGUCAGGCCUUUCCCCCGUCUCUCAUGUCCAAGCCCGGCUCCAUGCUGCAGAAGCCCACGGCCUAUGUGCGGCCUAUGGACGGCCAGGAAACGGCAGAGCCCAAGAGCUCGCAAGCGGAAGGCUACAGCGGUCAGUCGCACAGCAGCACCAUGGGAGAGAUGAAGUCCAACGGCAAGGCCUCGCUUUCCAAACUCAAGAUCCCCUCACAGCCUGUAGAGGGCUCCGGGGAUGCCAACUGUGUCGAUGAGAUUCUGAAGGAAAUGACUCAGUCUUGGCCCCCUCCGCUGACGGCCAUUCACACCCCCUGUAAAACAGAGCCCUCCAAGUUUCCAUUCCCUACCAAGGACCCGCACCCUUUUCCUGGUGGACACAAACGAGGCAGUUCUUCCAAGAGCUCCAGCAGUCACCAGUCCAAAACUUGCGAUGAACAGCCCACUAUGCUCGAGGAUGACCUGAAGCUGAGCAGCAGCGAAGAUAGUGAUGUAGAACAGGACUCUGCCAAGAAUGCCUCAAGGAACACAUCAGCAAGCAAUAACAGUGAAGGAGGGGAGCAGUUGAGGGAUGACUCCAGCAACCCCAGCGGCUCGGAAAGCAGCUCGGGCUCGGACAGCGAGAGCGAGAGCAGCUCGACGGACAGCGAGGCCAACGAGCCCCCCCGGCCGGCCUCUCCUGAACCUGAACAACCCAUGGCCAACAAGUGGCAGCUGGACAACUGGUUCAAGAAGGCCAAGCAGUUCUCCCCAGCUUCUCCAGUGGACAACAAUAGUGUUCCAACCAAGUGCAAAAAAGAGGGCAGAGAUAACGGCUCAGGACGCGGCUAUGGUAGCCAGGGAGGGGGGUCUAAAGACUCGGUGACACCAACCCCAAGUAGAGACUUACGGGCAGCACAAAAGGGCGCGGAGGGUGGCCGUGGACGGCAAAAAUCCCCCGCCCAGAGUGAGGGUGGCACAAAUCCGAGAAUCCGUGUAGGUAAAAAACAGCCCAAAAAAUCUGAGAAGCCUCCAGUGGUAGAGGAACCCAAAGGAGGUCUGAGAGUGGAGAGUGAGCCAGCCCCAGAGAUUCCACCCCAUCGGCCCAAAGCUGCUACGAAGGGUUCCCGCAAACCAAGUAUCAAAAAAGAACCCAAGUCCUCACCGAGGCCCACCGCUGCUGCUGUCACCAGCACUGUGGACAAACGCAAGCCCAAGGCAGCCACCAAGGGUUCCACGAAGUCUCGUGAGUUUGUUGAUACGGACUCUUCGUCGUCCGACUCUGAGGGGAACGAGAGCAUCCCAUCCUCGUCGCAGACGCCCAAGUACACAGAGAGCAUCAGGACCCCAGUUUGUGUGUUUUCUCCAAUGGAAGAAAAAGAGCUGUUGUCUCCACUGAGUGACCCUGAGGAGCGUUAUCCUGCGAGGCCGCCUCAGCAGCCGGUUCUAAUCGUGAAGAUAGAUCUCACUUUGCUGUCGAGGAUUCCAGGGCGGCCCUACAAGGAUCCCGCAGAGAUAAAAGUGGAGCGGGACGACUCUCUAGACAGGGACAGCAAAGACGUCAGUAAGCAGAUCUCUGAGAAGAGCUCGAGCAAGGCCAAGAGGAAACACAAGAACGACGAAGAAGGCGCCAAGACGCAGAGCAAGCGAUGCAAACUAGAAGAGAAGUCUCUAUCCCAUCAUAAAAACAGCAGUAAAGAGUCGAAGAGGUCUUUGGAGAAGAAAGAGGAGCCAGCCCCCUCUCCAUCCAUGUCAGGUCUGCAGCGGACACCCAAGGCAGAGCAUUCGAGUCGGAAGAGGACGGUCAGCCAGUCCUCCACCUCUUUGUCUAGUGGGACAGGAAGUGGAAAGGAGGGGGGCCACAGCACGAAGGGCAACUCCACCCCCAAGCACAGAAAAGGGGAGGACAAGGGACGCAGCACACGCGAUGGCAAGGAGAAAUCCUCAAAGGGCUGUGAUAACCAGCUGGCUGUGCCUCCGCUCUCCACAGACGGCUCCAAGUCUCAGAGAUCCAAGCUGGUGUUUGAGGACAGGGUCCAUUCAGCAGAUCACUACUUACAAGAGGCUAAGAAACUUAAACACAAUGCAGAUGCUCUGUUGGACCGUUUCGAGAAGGCCGUUUACUACCUGGACGCUGUGGUGUCGUUCGUUGAAUGUGGUAACGCUUUGGAGAAGAGUGCCCAAGAGUCCAAGUCUCCCUUCCCUAUGUAUGCUGAAACUGUGGAGCUUAUCAAAUACACUAUGAAGUUAAAAAGCUAUAUGGCCCCAGAUGCUACUUCAGCAGACAAGAGGCUAGCUGUGCUAUGCUUACGAUGCCAGUCCCUCCUGUACCUGCGGUUAUUCAAGCUGAGGAAAGACAGUGCACUCAAAUACUCCAAAACACUCACAGAGCACUUAAAGAACUCUCUGAGUAACACCCAGGCUCCCUCUCCUGGACUGGGAAAUAAGGCAGCGGGUAUGCCCUCUCCAGUGUCUCCCAAACUGUCCCCGGGCACGGCCGGCGGCUACUCGUCAGUUAGCAGCAGUAGCAGCGCCAGCUCGUCUGUGACCAUACCUCAGCGUAUCCACCAGAUGGCCGCCAGCUACGUUCAGGUCACCUCCAACUUCCUGUACGCCACUGAGGUCUGGGACCAGGCUGAGCAGCUUUCUAAGGAGCAGAAAGGGGAACUUAAGAAAAUAGACUUUUUCCUGGAGUUGGACAAGGUGAUGGGUCCUCUUAUCUUCAACACCAGCAGCAUGACAGAACUGGUGCGUUACACACGGCAGGGCCUCCACUGGCUGCGCCUGGACGCAAAGGCUAUUCCCUAGUGAGGACUCUCUCCCUGCUCGCUGCUUCCAGACACACCCACCACCUCAGCCUCUUGUGCUCAGCAGCGUGUGCUCAAAGGCACAUGCAUACCCUCAACAACAUACAUACAAACAACUAUGAACUGUAUGCACACACACACACACACAGUCCACCUCUGGUCCUCCAUGUACACACAGGUGAAGAACUUCUCAGACAUAUCUCCAACACUGUGUCCAUUUUCUACACCAGCUUGCCAAAAACACUGAGCAAUUUAGAAACAUCUCACACCUUCGACGGCACCGCACAGGGAGAAGCAUCAAAAACUGCAACACGGGGAAAAAUACGAGCUUAUCGCCAUACGUCAUAUAUCGGCAUUCUUACAAAACCUUUGAAGUGUUUUUAUCUCUUCGGCAUGGAAGUGCUAGACAAAUUAUUUAUUAUCAAUACACUAAAAAUGGGGUUUUGGUUUUUAGGCUACUUUGGCUUUUGACUUUUUCUUUUACUUGGUUUCACCAAAGUACCUCCCAUGAACACCAAAGGUGCUUUAAAAUGAAGGUUUCUCUUUAUCAUUUUUGUGCCUUGUAUGUGAGCUACAGGAAAGCAAACGGUCACUCGUCAUACCUGAAUAAAUUAUUUUUAAUUUCCCUUUUUAUUUUUUGCUGUAGCCACAGUUGUCAUGUUAUGUAUUUUAAACUUUGAACUGUCAAGGGAAGCUGGCAACGUUAUCGUUUUUAAUCGAACCGUUUUAAGUAAAGUCCUGGUCACAUAUUAGUCAAGCUGCCAUUUUGAUUGAUCUUCCCAUCAAAUCCCAAUGGUUAAUCAGAGCAGGCCCACAGGUUAAAAGGACUUUAGGAAGGGCUACUGCAGCAAAUUAAUACUUCUGACACAAACAUACACAAGCGAAUGUGGUGUCAUUUUAUAUUUCAGAAACAUGAAUUUAUUUUUGCCCCGACUGAAUCCCUUUGGUCCAGUUGGCUGUGAGGAGCAACCUGGCCUCUAGGGGCUGCUAGUGGGGCUUUUAGACUCUAGGCCUUAAUAAAAUUGAUCACUCUAUACAAGAGAUUUUCUGCUUCUUUGAAGCGCAACCAUACAAGUAUCUUCCCAUGACAUGUUUUUUGAACCAUCGUAGCAACUUUUGUCCACCAAGCAGUUUCCUUGAGGAGCAGUCACUUCCAGUCAGUGUUAUUUUUUUCUUUUUGAUCCCCUUGUUUGCUCAGUGCAUUUUUCUAAGGAACAGCAGGGAGUGUCUAUAAGUAUUGAAGAUCGUAUCCAGUUAUUUAUACAAUGCAGUUAGUCACAUCCUAGUUUCUGAAGCCUGGGGACGUGUGAACACUAAUUCGGCACAAGGAAAGCAAAUGAAUCGGAAAUGAAAUGUGCUCUUUAGAGAGGCAAACAUAUUAGUGAUGCAGAUUAGCAGUUUUGCAUUUAUUGAACAAAGAGUUUUAAAUCUACGAUUAUAUAUUUCAAAUAAGAAGUAUAACGGCCAAAAUAGAUUUUAUUUAUAUACCAAGCAGUUUUUUUCUUCUUCUGCCAGAGCAGAAGUCUGAUGUUUCAAAUGCAUACGUUUAAACAGGGUUGAGCAGGGGUUAUAAGAUGCAAUGUAUUGUAUAUGUAAUAGUCACUAUUUAAAUUUUAAAGACCUUAAUCCUGCCUGUAUUACAAGACCGUAGAUGAGAAAUGCCAGUUGUUGUUGUUGUUCAGCAGGUGAGGGAGACACAACCGAGUAACUGUGUGCCCACUGUCCAGAUAAGAACAUUUCUGUUAUUUAAAAUUCUGGAUGAAUGAAGACAUUUUGGUGUUUGAUGGUCAGUGACACAAAGAACUGUCAGAUUAUUUUUUGAUCCCACUUCCUACAGAAACAUGCUGGAAAUAUUAAAGCCUGGACCAAGUAGUAUUCUUGGAAACUAUUAAUGGCUAAUUUUGUUGUAGACGAUUAAGGGCAAGACAGUCAAAGAGAGAUCGUCGUUAACUCUCUUGCACUUUUCUUCUAUUUUAAAACAUAUUUGGUGUUUGGUUUUUUUGAUUAGUCACCAUAGUUUUCAUCUCAGCAAAACAAAAUCUUUAGCAUCACUCUGUGGCCCAGGUUUCACCUUUUUCCAUUGUUGCGUUUUUGUAUUUUCUUUCCAUCACCGGCUCCCUGGCCUUUAUUGUUGGAGGGGAUACUGUUAUUUCCUCUUGCACUUGAAAAGGAGAAAGUUAGAGGAGGUAUUAUUUUAAUCUAUGCAGGAUUUUUACAAAAAAUUGUCUUGUUUCUGUGGAAAAAACUAAUUUUUAGGCUUGGGAUUCCCCCCCUCCCCCACUUCUCUCUUUUUUUCCGCCUCAGUGAGAAACCUGUUAAACUCAAGUGUCCAAUGCCUUUAGCUUUUGCAAUUUUGUGUACUGGUUUAGUAUAUAUGUAUAUAGAUCUGUUUUUAUAACCAAACACCAAUGGCUUGAGCCAUUUUGUACUAAAAGCUGGAGGCCACUUUUCUCAUAGGAAUUCCUCUGUGGGUUUUGCCAGCCCCGUCAAUGUCUUCAUACACUGGUACACUUUGUAAGUACAGGUCCGCGCCUCUUAUAGUCAAUUGUACAAAUUUAGCAUUAGAAUUAUUUUUAACUGUUUGCUACUCACACUUAUUUAUUUUUCUGCCCCUUUGCUUAAUAUUUUUUUUUUCUUUUUUUUCUAUUUUUGCCUUUUUAAGGACUACCAUUUUAUGAAAUAGGAAGAUGUAAAUGUACUGGGGUUGUUGAUGAGAUUUCAUUGUAAGUAGUAAUUAAUAUUAAUUCUAACUUUAAAGAAUCCAGGGUAAGAUGAGUUUUUUUUUGACAUUCAGUAGGAAGAUGUUAACACUUGCAUGUUUCUAUUUAAAUACAAAUGUAUAAAUUGUAAAUAUAACAUUUCUUUAAGGGUGAAUUUCUACUACAGGUUGACAUUUUUAUUAAAUUUAAAAAUCCUGUAAAUACAUUUUGUGAGAUACUUUACGCACAUGUUUUUUUUUUCUCUCUCUGUGGGCUUUUCUGUUCUCUUCUUCCAAGUUGUUUCAGAUGACAUCCCAGUCUCUUAAUGCUGUUUAUCAAUUUGAUUUCUCUUCCUUUUUUUCCCCUUACUGUGCUCGUACACCUGUCUUCUGCUUCACUGUCUCUCAGUAUCACGUAACACCACAUAAUCAUUAUCGUCUCUAGAUCCAAGUGCGAAUAUUUUGUCUUCUCUGUAUUUGAUAUGGAGGCGUGUACUUUUCAUGAAAUGUAUAUUGUCGCUAUCACGGGACGUAUGGCGUGUACAGUCUGUCGUGUCUGUUUCUUCCUCACGAGAGAUGUAUUUACUACGUGUCCCUUUUGAACAAUUGGUCCAACAUGUCUUUUUGAAACAGAGGUAUUUCUCUACACAUCGAAACAGUUGUAGCAGUUUAUACAAUAUGUUGUAUGACGCCAUUGUUUUUCUAAAAGUCCUCUCCAAGGUGAGACCUGCAGCAUACACUAUGUACAAUAGUCAAAAUUCGAUUAGUUUUAAGGAAAAGUGACGAUAGAGAUACUAUAUAUGAUCGAUGCAAUAUGAUUAAAGGUACUCAUUGAGUUUGAUCUUCAAACUUAGGUUAUGUAAUUUAAAAGCAUUCUUGUGAAGUGAGUAUUAAUUGUGACUAAUGAGAGUCUGUCCUGAAUAUUCUUUGUAUUUUGCCGUAUUGAGAAUAAAAUAUAUAUGGAUAUGUUUAA